GAUUGAUUAAGUCAAUAAGGAAUUAAAAAACAAAACAAAACGGGAACGUACAAGAAGAAAAGAGGUUUGUAUAAAUCGUUUCCCUUUAUAAAUACCUUGGAAGCUCAACAAAAGAUUGGGGAGACUAAAUUCACAGUUACUGUUGUGUUGGGGUAUGGCCUUGUAAUUGUGACUUCCUCCAACAUGUCAAUAUUCACUAUAUAUAUAUACAAUAACAGUCUUCUCUUCUUCCUUCCACCCCUACCAAUUAAAUCUCUCUUUUUUCUCUCUCUUCUCUCUCUCUCUCUCUCUCUAAGCACUAAUUCCCAAGUCUCUUGAAGGUAGACGAGGAGGAACCAGCCAUGGAAGCAGCAGGUGGUGAUCGUCAUCAUCAAGAGGAAGUCAUGAUUUUGGGGUGCAAGGAACAACAUAACAACAAUAUUAAUAUUAUGAAGGGUAAGCGCACAAAACGCCUGAGGCCCCAAUCCCCAAUCCCUUUUGCCAUCCCAAGAAACUCAUCUUCCCCGGAGGGUGGCGUUGGCGACCGUGGAGGUGGUGAUGGCGGCGAAAAUAACAACGAUUGCAUCAAUAGUACCAACUUGUCCCCCACCACAUCAGCUGAAAUAUUCCAAGACAGCACCACAUCAGAAGAGGAGGACAUGGCAAACUGCCUAAUUCUUUUGGCGCAAGGCCAAUCCCGGGCGGCUUCUUCCUCCCCCGAUCACCACCACCAACCCCACAACGAUCAUAUUACUACAAGUAGUCGAAGAUUCUUGGAAGCAACAACUGCCCCGGCGGGCAAGGUGGCGGGGGCGGCUGGGUAUUAUGUGUAUGAAUGCAAGACUUGUAACAGAACGUUCCCUUCUUUCCAAGCAUUAGGGGGUCACAGGGCGAGUCACAAGAAGCCGAAGGCGAAUAUAGGAGACGAUCACAAAAACAAACACGUUGGAAUUGGGCUAUUGCCGCCGUCGGAUGAAGAUCAAGACACGCAAUUGUUUAAGAACAACAUUUUCCACAACAACAACAUCAAGACAUCUUCAUCUCCACUUUCUCUCCAUUUGAGCAACAGGGGUUUGGUUUUGAGCUCCAACAAGUCCUCUUCUAAAAUCCACGAGUGCUCAAUUUGCAGCGCGGAAUUCACAUCCGGACAGGCCUUGGGCGGCCACAUGAGGCGCCACAGGGGGCCGACUGGAGCCACCAACACAACCUUGUCGUUGACGCCUCCGCCAGUCUCAGCGGCCUUUGAAUCUCAUCAACAGCAACAACAGCAGCAACCACAGCUGCCCAUGAAGAAGCAGAAAAGCAUGUUGAAUUUGGAUUUGGAUCUCAACCUUCCAGCACCUUCAGAAGAUGAUCACCACAGAGAAACCAAGUUUGUGUUUGCUUCAAAGCAGCAGCAACAAGAACAGCAGCAGCAAGAAAGGUUAAGAACACAAAUUUUGGUGGAUUGUCAUUACUAAAAAAAAAUAAUUAAGAUUUUUUUUAAGUGAUUUCUUCACUCCACAGUUGAUAUGAUCAAUGGUCAACUUGAUGUGAAUUACCAACUCUUUAUUUAUUUAUUUAUUUUUAACUUUU